UGGAAGUAUAAACUUCAGAAUAUAAAGCAUGAUUUUAUACAUUAAUGAUUUCAAAUAAAAGAGGAGGGCUAUUUUCCUGCAUCACUUCUUUCAAGAAAGUUAAAUCUGUGUUCUGCUUAGGAGAGAUAACACUUUUUGUCCCUGUAGGUGGCCCCCCUGGUGUAGCCAUUAGUUGCUAAUUACUUGCAAACGAAUAAACAAUUAACUCCUUAAGCUGCUGGCUGGGCAAGAGUUCAUUGACAUGCUAAAACUUUCUAAAACAAGAUUUUAAUUAGUGACGUUCCAAAUCCAGCCCCCUUGUCAGCGGAGCUAUAAGUUGAGCUGCAGGAAGAUUCCAGCCCUGUACGCGUGGGGCCAAGCCAUCAGAAAGACCAGAGCUUUUGCUCUGUAGCCCAUGAGAGGAUGUCUCCCAGCCUUCAGGAAGGUGCUCAGCUUAGGGAAAGCAAACCCUCACCUUGUUCCUUUUCAAUUGAGAGCAUUUUAGGACUGGACCAGAAGAAAGAUUGUGUUCCAUCCGUGAAACCUCACAGGCCCUGGGCAGACACCUGCAACUCCUCAGAGAAAGAUGCUAACCUAUGUCACGGCUCGAGUCUUCCCAAUGGGAUCUCGUUUCCUUGUAUGGUGGAUCACCUAAUGCCAGAAGAAAGAGCUUUGAAAUAUGAAAAUUACUUUUCAGCCUCAGAAAGAUUAUCUUUGAAAAAAGAGUUGAGUUGGUAUAGAGGCCGAAGACCUAGAACUGCUUUUACCCAAAACCAGAUUGAAGUAUUGGAAAAUGUCUUUAGAGUAAACUGCUAUCCUGGCAUUGAUAUCAGAGAAGACUUAGCUCAAAAAUUGAACCUUGAAGAAGACAGAAUCCAGAUUUGGUUCCAAAAUCGGCGUGCAAAACUGAAGAGAUCCCAUAGAGAAUCACAGUUUCUAAUGGCGAAAAAAAAUUUCAACACAAAUCUCCUGGAAUAGGUAGAAAACUAAACAUGUGAAAUUAUCUUCCAAUUGCAGAUCAUGAGAAAUAAAUGCAAAUAUCAAGUGUUAA